AUGUCUUUUCGCGACAGCAUCGCUCGAGAACCGCCAGAUCGCUCAGACCACCCCAUCAGCACGGCCCUAAACUCGUCUAAAGCUUCCCCACCCAUACCAGCAAUUUCGCAUCGGCAUCCUGGCAGAAGCUGCCCGAGACCGCACAGUCCUGUAUCGAGCAUUGGAAUAUUGCACCAGGAAUGCUCUACGGCAAGUGUUGCCCCCGGUGACUGUCCUGCUUCAGACGGCUGGGGCUGGGACCAUGGAGAGGCUGCUGGAUCCCAAAGACUGCCAGUAGGCAGCCGCGUAACGCAGCAAGACGCCCGAAGUGACGCUGCAGUUGCUCUUAGCGGAGGCCCGACGCUGCAUUCAUCAGUUCUCAGUGCCUCUGGGAGGAGCGUAGAGGGAAUUCGUGGUAGAUUAAGUAGUCGCAUAGCAUACCCAUCAGCGCCCAUCACUUUCACAAAGUCCUUCGGGUCGAAGGUACAGUGGGGAGCCUACACCCGCAGAGCUCACGGGUACCUAGACGCGGAAGCCGUGCACGCUGCAGCUGCAGCUGAUGAACGCCUUUCCCGCAGCGAAUGCCUGCGCCAAAUAGGAGCUACCCAGACACCUGACACUGCAUCUAGUGGUCGAGCGAUGGAAGGUGGCAGUUCUGGCGUAAAGCGAGAGACUAGUUGGGGCCCAGAAGUCCAGGAAUCGAAUUCCGCAGGGGUACAUAUGGACCCCACGUCAGGUACCAGCAGGCGCACGCCUGGGGUCGGAAUGGCUUCCUUUCGCUUCGCGCCAAUGGUAGCUACCCGUCAAACGACGAAGUCGGCGGCUGCUGGCAUGGAAGACACAAGUGGUAGUGUAGAUCUGGCAACAGGCCUGCCUCAUGUGCAAAGCACGAGGACCCCUGGUCGGGCAUUUCUGGGCUCCUGGAUAUUCAAAGGUUCUGACGCUUCAACGGAGCUCGAGCGAAUCCUGAAGGUGGAAAGCGAUAUAGCGGAGACUGCCGAUGCCCGCACCGAACUAGCGGCCACCAGAUUACUGCAAGAGGAUAUGGAGGCGAUGAUAACAAACUUGCAACAGGUGAAGACUUUUCUCGUGGCGAAGCUUCGAGAAUGCGAAACGGCAUUGUUGACGACGGCUCAGGAGAGAGAUGACUUGGAGGCAACGCUGCAGCAGAUCCAAAGCGGUAUUCAAGACAGCGUUGCAGAACACCGCCACCAUGUGGAGGAGUACAAAACGAAGGUCACUGCGAAAGAGCGAGAACUGGAGGAGCUGCGGAUGCAGCUAGAAAAGGUAACUAAGGAAGCAGCGACUCUCAAGAAGGAAAAUGAGGCGCUUAAAGGAGAAGUCAACGUAGCCCGAGUUGAGGCAGCAGACGUGGCGGCCGCGGGGGGUUUUCGCAUUGAAGAGUAUCAAACGGCUCUCCAGAUUCUUAUAGAACGAAACAAAGUACAGCACCGCGAGCUGAAGCGGCUCCGGGUGCAGCUUAUCAAAACUCGGGAGAAUUACGCGAGCGCCCUUGCAAGAGUAGACGAACUGGAGAGCUUAGAGGCCUUCAGGAAAAAUUUGGAUGAGCACGAGGCAAGCGCUUCCCCACGGAGUAAUUCCCCCCCGAGAGGUCAUGAAAAGUGCCCUCAGGCUAGCACCGGUGUCCUGCAGGCUGCCCAGAACAGGAAUGGCACGCCGUCAGAUAAGCCGCUCUUCUCCACAAGCAAACAGAGUCAAGUUGACCCAUCGGAUGCUGGCUUAAGGAAAGGGGCACGCAGCUUUGGCAAAGGGUCUGCUCCGUUCUGUGACGGGAGUAGCCCCAGGAAUACAGCAGAGAGUCCGCAAAGCUGUGAAGAAGCGACCACUGCUCAUGUGGAGGAGGCUGGGACCACCACCAGAAAGAGGCUGGGACGGAGCGUCACGGGCUUGCUGGCAUCAGGCGUCUCGCGAGUGCUGCAACACCUGGAGCAGGCUAUGUCAACAGAUAGAGAGCCUUCUGAGGCGAUUUCAGACCACGAUUCACAAGAUAGUGCCGAUACACCUGAAGGCGACAGUCGACGGCUACACGAAGAAGCCACUUUGUAUUUGCAACGUGCGAACGAGGAAAACGAUCUCAUAAUUCAGCUUGAAGACGGAAGGGCAGAGCUCUAUGAGGAGGAGGGAUCUGAGUACGACGGAGGAGAGGCAAGCACUCUAGGCAGCGUCGCACGAAGUGUAUGGCAGGCAGCCCAUGAGCUGUUCGCGGACCGUGCGCUGCCACCAGCCCGUCUAUCCACCCUGCGCACCGUCGCAUCCUCAAAUCCGUCAGCUUGGGAAGUCCUUCGGGAGCGUCACCGCGCGGCUCAGUCGAUGCCGUUGUUCAGCAGUAUUCCUCCCGCAGCCUACCCUAUGAUAGCAAACGACAAGAGAAAGCGCGAAGGCCUUUCGUCCACAGAACGCGCUGGGCGCUCAAGUCUGUCUGCUGCACGUUCGCGGCGGAAGGGCACCGGCAGCGCGGCGUCGUCAGCUUUUGCGGGGGCUCUCAACCUCCGCCCCUCGAAAGGAACCGGACGUGGUCAUCGAGAGUCGGCGCCAAGAGGCACCCUCACCGUAGAGUUGCAUUCAGAGUUGUCUGCGUGCGUAUCAGACGCUCGCAGUGAUUCGGCAGAGGCCCAAGCACGGUCGUCAGAUGUGGACGGUGCUACUCACGGCGCAGUCACUGCUACUACUGCACACCCCACGGAGGCAACACACACGAAUGUCCCCGCAGUAGCAGUGGUAAACAGUCCAAAUGCGCAAGCACGAAGCCGCCCACUCGAGCCAAGUGAACAUGGAGAGGGUUGCUUUGACCCUGAUACCGCAGGGACGAAAACAAGAGAGGCAGCAAUGGGAACCUCAGAUGCUGCAGCGGAGCCUAAUGUUGGUACUACAUGA